AUCACUCUCAAGCAAAGCUUUUUGCUAUCUAAGCUUUGAUUAAAUGGGGAUUUUCAACAAGUUUUCCUUCAUUUUCCUUGUCAUUUUCCUUUCAUUGUCUGCAAAUGCAGAAGUUCAACGACAUCGAUUUGUUAUUCAAGCAACAAAAGUGAAGAGGCUGUGCAAGACUCACAACACCAUCACUGUUAAUGGCAUGUUUCCUGGACCUACCUUGGAGAUCAAGAAUGGCGACACCCUUGAAGUUCAAGUUGUCAACAAAGCCCGAUAUAAUGUCACCAUCCACUGGCAUGGUGUGCGGCAAAUGAGAACCGGAUGGGCAGAUGGACCGGAAUUCGUGACUCAGUGUCCGAUUAGACCGGGAGGAAGUUACACUUACAGAUUUACAGUUCAAGGACAAGAAGGAACAUUGUGGUGGCAUGCUCACAGUUCAUGGCUUAGAGCCACUGUUUAUGGAGCUCUCAUCAUCCGUCCCAGAGAAGGCAAAUCCUACCCUUUCCCUAAGCCGAAACGAGAAACACCGAUUCUUCUCGGUGAAUGGUGGGAUACAAAUCCCAUUGAUGUGGUGAGGGAAGCAAAAAGAACAGGGGCAGCUCCAAAUGUCUCUGAUGCAUAUACCAUCAAUGCUCAACCUGGUGCUCUCUAUAAAUGCUCCUCCAAAGAGACUACAAUAGUUCCCAUCGACUCCGGGGAGACGAAUCUCCUCAGAGUGAUCAAUGCCGCCUUGAACCAGCCGCUUUUCUUCAAAGUAGCCAACCAUAAGCUCACUGUUGUUGGAGCUGAUGCUUCCUAUACCAAACCCUUCACCACUUCCGUCCUCAUGUUAGGCCCCGGCCAAACCACUGAUGUUCUUAUCCGAGGUGAUCAGCCACCAUCUCGAUAUUACAUGGCAGCUCGAGCCUACCAAAGUGCACAAAACGCACCAUUUGACAACACGACCACCACCGCCAUUCUCGAAUACAAGUCUGCGUCUUGCGCUGCCAAAAAAUGCAAUGCACCCACUCCAAUCAUGCCUUCUUUACCAGCCUACAAUGACACCAACACUGUCACGGCCAUCAGCCAAAGCUUUAGAAGUCGAGAAAAGGCCGAAGUCCCAACCGAUAUAGAUGAAAGCCUGUUCUUCACAAUCGGCCUCGGACUCAACAACUGCCCACCCAAUUUCCGGAAACGUCGUUGCCAAGGACCCAACGGUACACGUUUCACAGCGAGCAUGAACAACGUCUCAUUCGUGCUCCCGCGCAACUUCUCUCUGUUGCAAGCUCACCAACAAGGAAUUCCAGGCGUUUUCACCACAGAUUUCCCAGCAAACCCUCCAUUGAAAUUUGACUACACCGGAAACGUGAGCCGAUCGCUCUUUCAACCUGUUCCGGGAACCAAGUUGUACAAAUUGAAGUAUGGUUCAAGGGUACAAAUUGUGCUCCAAGACACAAGCAUAGUGACACCUGAGAAUCAUCCAAUUCAUCUUCAUGGAUACGAUUUCUAUAUCAUUGCAGAAGGUUUCGGGAACUUCGAUCAAAAGGAUACUUCUAAAUUCAACCUUGUUGAUCCACCUAUGAGGAACACUGUUGGAGUGCCUGUGAAUGGAUGGGCAGUCAUUAGAUUCGUCGCUGAUAAUCCAGGAGUGUGGAUAAUGCACUGUCACCUGGAUGUUCAUAUCAGUUGGGGUUUGGCAAUGGCUUUCCUUGUCGAAAAUGGAGUUGGUGAAUUGCAGACCAUCCAACCGCCGCCGCCAGAUUUGCCCAUAUGUUAAGAGAGUUCAUCAGUUAUCAGGCCGUAGUCAAUGAAAUUCAUAAGCCCAAUAGCAAGGGUGAUUCCAUUACCAUUUUUUUGUUAUUAGUAUUUUUCUUAAUCAUUUUUAUGGUAUUGUAGCAUACCAAUUCUUCCCUGCAUUUGGGAAACUAGUUUAAUCCUCUGUUUCAUUGGAUAGCUUUGUUCUAUUCUUUUAUUACAGAGAAACUUCUAAUCAUAAAUUUCGAAUCUUUAAUUCUUA